GUCUUAUACUACGAUUAUAUAUAUUUUUUUUGAUCGGUGCAGGACUCGAUCAAGUCCUCAAACUAAAACUACAUCGUUUUGGACACCUUCAAUCUCCUAAACAUAUACUUUUGCAGUGAAAAUCAGUGAAAAAUAGUAAUUUCAAUAUGGUUGACACAUCAGUAAUAGAGGGUGGCAGGAUUGUGAAGAUGGAGGUGGAUUACAGCAGUAAUUGUGACAUAAAAAUUCCAGAAUGCAGAAAGUUAGCCGAAGAAGGAAAACUUCAUGAUGCUCUAGAUCAACUUUUAGUCUUAGAAAAAUUGACCCGUACUGCUUCAGAUAUGGUUUCAACAUCUAGAGUUCUCGUAGCAAUCGUGAAGUUAUGCUUUGAAGCUAAGAACUGGGUUGCUCUUAAUGAGCAUAUUGUUCUUUUGUCAAAAAGAAGAUCUCAGUUGAAACAAUCUGUUACAACAAUGGUGCAAGAAUGUUGUACAUACAUUGAUCAAACUCCAGACAAAGAAACUAUGAUAAAACUCAUAGAAACCCUACGUUCUGUAACAGAGGGAAAGAUAUAUGUUGAAGUUGAGAGGGCACGACUGACUCAUAAAUUAGCUAAACUCAAAGAAGAAGAUGGAGAUGCUUUGGGUGCAUGUCAGGUGAUGUUGGAACUUCAGGUUGAAACCUAUGGUAGCAUGACCAAAAAAGAAAAAGCUUCUCUCAUUUUGGAACAAAUGCGCCUAUGCCUUAUCAAACAAGACUUCAUUCGCACUCAAAUCAUAGCCAAAAAAAUAAAUAUUAAAUUUUUUGAAGACGAGAGUGAUGAAGAAACUCAAGCUUUGAAAUUGAAAUAUUACGAACUAAUGAUGGAAUUGGCACGUCAUGAAGGCUGGUAUUUAGAAUUGUGUCGCCAUAAUCGUGCUAUUUUGGAAACUCCUAGUAUAAAAGCUGAUGCUGAAAAACGUUCUGUAGCUCUAUCCAGAGCUGUUUUGUAUCUCAUUCUUGCUCGACAUGAACCUGAACAAGCAGAUCUCACUCACAGAUUAUUGGCUGAUAAACUGCUUGAGGGUUUGCCUAUAUUCAAAGAAAUUUUGCGACUUUUCGUCAAUCCAGAAUUAAUCAAGUGGUCUGGAUUGUGUGAGAUUUACGAAAGUCAUCUUCGUGCUACCGAAGUAUUCUCACUCGCUACCGAGGAAGGUCGUAAACGUUGGGAUGAACUCCGAAAUAGAGUAGUUGAGCACAACAUUCGAAUAAUGGCUAAAUACUACACACGAAUUACAUUGACACGUAUGGCCGAACUUCUUGAUCUUCCUGUGGAAGAAACAGAGCAAUGCUUGUGUAAACUCGUUGAAACUGGCGUUAUAAACGCCCGUACUGAUCGACCCGCUGGCAUGGUACGUUUCACGAAAACUCAAGAACCUGCGGCUCUGCUCGAUGAAUGGUCCAGUUCUCUUUCCGAACUCAUGAGCCUCGUCAACAAUACCACCCACUUGAUACAUCAAGAGGAGAUGCUCGCUAGCGCUAAGGCGUAGAUACAGAGUGACUGUUUGUGUUCGUUUGUACUACUACAUUGCUAACUGUAUGGUUUUUCACUGAGAUUCGCCUUUGUGGUAUGAUCCUCUUAGUAAAAUGCCAAGAGAAAAGUCAAUUCGCUAAGAUUUUUCAGUAUUUAUAAUAAAUGAUUUUUACUUAAAUUGUAAGAAAUCUCUUGAAACUUUGUCAAAGGAUUUAUUAGAAUUAAUACUAUUAAAAAUUAAUAUCGACUAGUUUGAAUUAUCCCGACGUACUAUAUCCUAAAAGACUUUUAUGUUCAAACCAUACAAUUAGUAAUAAACAUGCAGCUAUUUUUCAUACUAAUUCUGCUAUCGAAACACUUGCUCUUUUCUUGAAUUACUCGUGCGCAAUGAUUCUGUUUCAUUUUCUUUAUUAUCAAACAGAAUGAAAAAUCUAUCACUAUUACAUGUUAUUUAAUAAUAAAAAUUUUGAAAAUCCAA